CACUUCCUCGGCGCACGACUUGAUGUGCCGAGUCCGACAGCAGUAGCUGGCCGGCAAGCGACUUGAGUCUUUGCGCUUGCUUAGAGGGGGACGUAAGAAAGACUUACACACGCCGCAUAUCACACCUGUUUUUUGUGCUUGCUUCUGUGUAAACAUUUAAGGCUUUGCGACUUGCAUAUUGCAGCCUGCAUCUUCAUUGCAUGUGAUCGACACCCGAGACCCAAACUUGAUGCUCGGUGAACCCGGACUCCUACAGACCAUUCACGCCCGCGUCUUCGCGGUACUCCAACUCAUCCCGCCGACCGCCACCGCUCGGGGUUAUCAAUCCGUCGAUUCCAACGACGACGACGACGACAUGGCUGCCGAAUCCCAGCCCACGGCCAGCGAGGCCGUCUUCACCAAGUCGGCCGUCGACGACGCCGGCAACUACGGCACCGCCGACGACCGCGCCUCGUCGUCCUCCGCCGACGCCGAAGCCGCCGCGGUCGCCGCCGGCCUGUCCCACCUCGAGUCCCGCGACACGCGCUGGUACUCGUACCUCCUAACCGCAGACUUCUGGCUCAUCAUCGCCGUCGGCCAGAUCCUCUCCCUCUGCAUCACCGCCACCAACACCUUCACCAGCUUCCUCGCCAGCGUCAACACCAACAUCCCGGCCUUCCAGACCCUCUUCAACUACGCGCUCCUGACCCUGAUCUGGCUGCCCAUCGCGCUGCACCAGCACGGGUGGCGCAAGCUGCUCUCGGUCGCGGUGCGCGACGGGUGGAAGUACUUCAUCCUCUCCUUCCUCGACGUCGAGGGCAACUACUUCACCGUGCUGGCCUACGCCUCGACCAACAUCCUCUCGGCCCAGCUCAUCAACUUCUGGGCCAUCGUCUGCGUCGUCGUGCUGUCCUUCUUCCUGCUGAAAGUGCGCUACCGCCUCCUCCAGGUCGCCGGCAUCCUGCUCUGCUGCGGCGGCAUGGGCCUGCUGCUCGCCAGCGACCACCUGACCGGCACCAACGGCGGGCCGGGGAAGGACAUGCUCAGGGGUGAUCUGUUUGCCCUGCUGGGGGCGACGCUCUAUGGCGUUAGCAACGUCUUUGAGGAGUGGUUCGUCAGCAAGCGGCCCGUGUACGAGGUGCUGUCGUUCCUGGGCGUGUUUGGCGUGUGCAUCAACGGCGUCCAGGCCGCCAUCUUUGACCGCCACGCCUUCGAGGGCGCUACCUGGGACGGUCGUGUUGCUGGCUGGCUGGUCGGGUAUACUCUGUGUCUGUGCCUGUUUUACUCCAUGGUGCCGCUGGUCCUGCGCAUGGGCAGCGCCGCCGUCUUUGAUGUCAACCUGCUAACCGCCAACUUCUGGGGCGUCAUCAUCGGCACCCGCGUGUUUGGCUAUGUGGUGCACUGGAUGUACCCCAUCGCCUUUGUCUUGAUUAUCUGUGGCUUGGUUGUUUAUUUCUUGGCCGGCAGUAUCCUGGGCGACUCCAAGAAACCGUGGUUGGGGGAUAACCAGAAGCACGGGAUUGCAGGGAUCGGCACGGCCAAGCUGAAGGCGCUGAACGAGGCGAGGAAGAAGGGGUUGGCUGGGACGACGGAGCAGGCUGGGGGGAGCACUGAGGGCCAGGUCAGGGGUGGUCCGGAAGGGCAGGCCUAGGGAGGGGGGGGGAGACGGGGUAGUUUGGGUAUCGGAGGGUAAUAUGUUGGAAUAUCUUGGCCAUGCGGACGGCAGAAGCGUUGUAUUAUUUUGGAUAUCAAUAUGGACGCCGUCUUUAAGUCAGGCUUAAGGGGUGAAGUAGAGGGUUAGGGUCGUAAGCCAGCGUACUGCCUUCCCCUUCUGCGCUGCCUGUUUGCCUGUGCCUGUUC